UCAUAAUUGUUUUAAGAUCAUUCAUAUUGAAAUAUUAUUUUAAAAUCUCUCAUAAAUCCCUCACGACAAAUCUGCAUCUAAAUUACCCUAAGAUCUAUAGCAGAGCAGAGAGUGUUGUUUGUAGAGAGUACAUAAUUGAGGGAGCAAAAAGUGAAAAUUUUCCUAUUCUAAUUCCGUUGCCCUAAUUCCACUCGGAGAGAUCGAAGGGUCAUAUAAAAACUCCUCCCCGGUGAAAAUUAUUACUGAGCAUUCUCUCAUAAACAAACAAAUUAUUACUGAGCGAGAGCGAGCGACCCACGAUUUCGCUUUUUUCUUUCUCCUUCGUUUUUCUUCUCUUUUCUCCUCUCCCCAGAAAUACAGAAACAAACGCAGUAGAAAUGUUUUCCCGAUUUCAUCUCUCCAAUUUCUUCGAGUGAGGGAGCCACCACCACCACUCGCCACCAAAUUCCCCAAUUUCAAGCAGUUGUCUCCCCUCUCGCACGCCUAAAAUGAUCCCUUUGUAAAUUCCUUCUUCUUUUAUACAUUUCCCCUGCCGCUCCGCUGCUUCGCCUGUUUGUGAGGUACACACUCUUCAUGCCCAACCCACCAUAAGAAAUCAACUGUAAUAUUGAGGCGUUCUUUGGAAAACCCCCUUUUCCCUUAUGCGUGUUCUACAUCACUUGCUACUCGUUACACUGUUUUAGAUUGUCUCAAUUGUUUGAUUUCGUUCAAUCCAAUUUUCUUGGUCGGAAUCCCUCGUCUUUGCAAAUUUGGUCUGCGAUCUGUGCCUUCCUUCUGGAAAUUGUUUUGUCGAAUUUAUCGUGAUUGUGAUAUGAGAAUUCGGUUUCUGAUUGCGCAAAUUUGGUUUGCGGACAAUUUGCAAGCAAUUCGUUACUGGGUUGGGUGAAUCUGCAUGGGUUUGCUGAAUUGAGGGUUGAGUUGCUGGUUUUGGAUCAUGGCAUUGCCCCGUUUCUUUUCUUUCUCUCUCUCUCAGUUUGCGAAAUGAUUCUUUAGUUGAUGAUCUAGAUGCAGUUCCCAUCUUCGUCUCUGAAUGCCUCUUCUUCGUUUGAUUGUUUGUUUGUUUAUGAUGUAAGUAGAUUAAAGUUUUCGACUUUGCAGAUAGAUUCUUCCAAGAGGAGGAAAAGGGGCAUUUGGGUUUGAUGGGCGCUCCUAAGCAGAAGUGGACGGCUGAAGAAGAGGCCGCCCUUAAAGCCGGAGUGGUUAAGCAUGGGACUGGUAAAUGGCGCACUAUCCUUAUGGACCCGGAGUUCAGUGCAGUCUUGCAGCUGCGUUCUAAUGUUGAUCUCAAAGAUAAAUGGAGAAACAUAAAUGUGACAGCAAUUUGGGGUUCUAGGCAAAAGGCAAAGCUUGCACUUAAGAGCAGUCCACAAACACCUAACAAUGAUCAGAGCUCUAGCCCUCCCACCACUGUAGUACGCUCCAAUGAAGAAGUUGUCAACGCCAAGCCUCUUGCUGUAGUUUCUGCUGCAACAUCACGACGUAGUGGGAGUCCAAGGGAACUACUUCCAAAGUUGGAUAGUUUGAUUUUAGAGGCUAUCAGUACUUUGAAGGAGCCAGGUGGUUCUGAUGGGGCUUCAAUUGCUAUGUACAUAGAGGAUAAACACUGGGCACUUCCAAAACUCAGAAAGCUAUUGGCAGGAAACCUAAAGCGUUUAACAGCUGCUGGAAACUUGAUCAAGGUAAAGCACAGGUACAGAAUUGUACCAAGUUCUCCUAUAUCAAGGGGAAAGAAAAGAACUCCCCUUUCACGUAUAGAUGGAGAUCAGAAGAACACUUCAAACUUGGAGAAGAAUGGCACUUCCAAAAUGGUGACCGAGUCCCAAGUUGAAGAAGGCCUAUUGAGAAUACAAGGUAUGACUGCCCAAGAGGCUGCUGAUGCUGCAGCAAAGGCAGUUACAGAAGCCGAGGCUGCUAUUGCUGAGGCCGAAGAGGCUUCUAGGGAGGCUGAUAGAGCAGAAGCUGAAGCAGAAGCCCGACAAGUUUUUGCAAAAGCAGCUUUGAAAGCGUUCAAACUCUGCGCACCUCACUCCUGGUAAUUUAUUAAUUCCCCCUCUUCCCCCAUCUUCAUGAAAGAUCGUCAUGUAUAAUGCGCUGAUAAUCAUGGGAGGCUGUCAUGUUUCCAUCUCUGAUCUAUAUAUUGUCGACUCAUUCGCCAUGCAGAUGACAGGGAGUAUGCCUUUGGAUGGGUGCUUCAGCUGUUUUAGCACAGAUGGUAAAUCUAGUAAUUGUUGCAGCAAAAUCUCGACUGCCAGGCAUGUUGUCUUGUACUGUAAAUGUUGUAUAUGUCAAAGGUGCAACAACAUCAAAUCUGCUACGAUAUACACCAUUUGGAAAAUGGGAAUCUGGAUCUCAGGGAUUCUGAAGAAUAUAGAUUUUUUUUACACUAAGUUUGUAGUGAUUUGGAAGGGCAUGAGACAGACCUCAAAGAAUCAGGAAAUAGAAGCUAAAGUUGCCCAUUUCUUUCAUCCAUCUUAGUAAUACAAACAUCAGGAAGAAAUCAUCAUUUCUGGUCACAAGUAGGUCUGAAACCAUGAGGAUGCCAAUCUGCGUGUGUUUUUCACGAUCUAGAAUAUAUGUUUGUACCCUAAAGGCCUAAACUAGGUUUGAUAUCCACAGAGAGCUCAUGGAAGAUGGCAAUUACUAAUUGCAGCUAAAAGCUCGUGUAAACUGUCCACGAUGAUCUUACGUCCAUAAGACUUUAAUAUAUCUUUCAAUGGGUUUCACUGAUCUGAAGUGCUGCAUACACUGAAGUGUUGGCAGUUGUAACGGCAUUGCCAUAGUUCUGCUCUCCUGCAGCUUCGCAUGCCAGUUCAAUGAAGUACAGUGGAGAAGGGAUUUCUCCUGCAUCCAAAAUCGCACCAAAUGCAUACUCCAAAAGAUGCCCCUGCCAUGAUAGAAUCUCAGUUCAGUCAUACAUCCAGGAAAAAAGGGAAAAAAUCAUAGUUAAAUCAGAUGGUUUAGACUCUAGAGUAGGAGAAAACAUUCACGGGUCGUUUGGAUGUGGAAAUUUAGUGUGGAAAUUGUGCUCAAUUCCCACAUUAUGUUGAAAUUUGGGGCUAAAAUUAGGUGAUUAAGAGCCCUUAGUCACAUGGCUAAGUGAAUCUCAGCCCUUCUAUCUCAUUAAAAUUUAAUAACUCCAAUUAAUUCAAUUUAAUAAAGGGCACUAAAAUAAAUUUAUUAUUAUUUAAAUUUUAUUUAUCUAUUAAAAUCAAUGCUGUCAAAGCCGAGCCAGAGUAUGAUCCGGUAACGUGAACGGCUUGGUCAUUAGUGGGUCAGCCGACAUUAGACCGUUUAAAAACCGUUUGAGAACCGGUACCUAAUAAACUGUUUAAAAACUACCCUAAAUCAACACCGACCCAACUCAAGAUAUCGAUUGGAAAAGCAGUCACCUGCGGGAGUUUUUCUCUUGCCGAAGAUGAAACUCAUGGCGACGCUGUGAAGAGGAACCCGGGGGCGGCAGCAACGGCUAUGAAUGGAGUCGACGUGUGAAGAGCUAGCGAUCAAUGGGGAUUGGAAUUUAUGCGUGCGGAGGAGAGAUCGGUAUCGGAUUGGAGAUGAGAUGAGAGAUUUGAUGUUUGAAUGAAGGAAUUGGGGGAACGAACUACUAGUUGUUAAAAGAAAGCAGUCGUGGAAUCCGCCAGCCAGCCAAACUCGCUUCAACGCGGUGGAGGGAAAUGUUGAGGAAUCGCUGGCCGAUGCGGAAGCUGGGAGAGAACGGUCGUCGAACCAACGGCAGGCCUGGGGGAGGCUGGGCCCGUCGCUACACUAUGAGCAGAAGCAACGAUGGCGACUGGCGAUGGCGCUGCUUGCGGCGAUUGCGAGCUGCUUGCGCCGGGAGCGGGGAGCAGAAGCGAUGAUGGCGACUGGCGAUGGCGCGCUGCUUGCGGCGACGGGACGGAAGCGCUGUGGGCUUGGGGCGAUGGUUGACGGCGGCAGGGUGGCGCCGCUCUCCCUCUGUCGUCUGUUCUACUUCUAGGUCGAAGAUGGAGAAAUAAAAGGAAAGUUAGGGU